AAUGUCUGAAUCUAAUGUUAAAGGGAGAGUUUAAGCAAUAUUUGAAAAAUUAGACAACAUCUCAACUAGUGUCCAAGAUGAGUAAUCAUUUUAUGCAUUUCUUUUAUUCUAGGAAGAACAGUAGAUUUCAUACUAUCUCAUAACUCAUUAUGGCUUUUGAAGCAUAAUUACAACAUAAUUCAGAAUAAAAAGAAGAAAAAUUCAAUUACCUUGCAUCAAGAAUGAGAUAACUAAGUGAAUAUUUAGAAUAGGAAUAGGAGGAGUAUUAUAUUAUAAUUAUUAAUUAUAGUCGUAUUAGAUAAGAAGCUGAAACCUAAAAAUUACUAACUGAUUUGGAAAGACAUGCUCGAAAAUUAAUAGAAUAGAACUCAAAUUAACGAGUAGAAUAAGAAAGAAAAAUUGUUUAUUAGAUUGGUUAAUAGAUAGAUAAUUUAUAAGGUGAAGUAGUUAAAGAAGGAAUUGUAAUAAUUUAUAACAAUAUUUUAGUCUUAAUCUGAAUCAUAUUAAUUUGUUGAUGCAUAUAUAAAUGAAGAUCUUCCAAAAUUAGCAGAUUAAUUAUAAAAUGAAAUUGGAGAGAGAAAAGAAGUAGAGGAAAAAAUUUAGGUAUAAUUCUUCCAAUAAUUAACAGAUUUAAAAGAGGCUUUUGAUAGGUAAACAAAAGAUUAUAUAUAUUAUUAUAGAGAGAAAAAGGAAAGAGAAGCAAAAGAAGAAGAAAUUGUUGAAAGUUUAAGAGAAAUAUCAGGUAGAAUAAGUGAAGCUUUGAAAAAGACAAGAACAGAAAGAGAAAAGACAGAAGAAACUCUUGUAUAAUUGGUUGAGAAAGUAGUUGAAAAGAUUAAACGUGAAAUGUUAGAAAUGAAUUUAUGAA